AGAGCAUCACCUCAGUUGUUGAGCGAGGGAAUCGUUUGGGGUUCGAUCUUCGGGUGGCAAGUUGAAUCGUUUGUUGAACGCAGUGCCUUUGAGAAGGGAAUUUCUUGAGAAUCAGAACAUCGCCGAGGGGCUAUAAAUCGUUGCUAAUUUCCAGACGUCCUCUUUCUCAAAAGAUUCGUGCUCUGAAGACAAAACUCGUGACCAUUUUGUUGGCGGUGACCCAUCAAUUUGCUACUCUACCUCCUACUUACUCCGAAGAUACUCUUGAAGCGUGUUCAAGUGCUUGAAUAUAAAAGCGAAAGGCGAGCGUUUGAGUGAAAACACUUAGACCUCCCCGUUGUCGAGAUACAAGAAAAUAGCGCAGGGCCUGGCGCUCUCCUCCGUUGGAUCACCUUGUUUGUUGUCCAGUUCUUGGCCUUAUUGACCAGAAAACACCACACGGGAAAAUUCAAGCUGAAAAUUGUCUUCGACAACGAGACCGGGCCAAACGGGCCCAAAGCCUGAGAAAGUGACGGUGUUUGUGAGUGGGGUGCCGGUGAUGGUGGUGGUGGAGGAGGCGGAGGAGGAUGGGUCGUCGAUACGUACGGUGAGGGUAUCUCUCUCUAUUGUGUUUUCUGUGUAGAUAUCAUGAUGUCGGGGCUGAGCGAGUUUGCUCCCCUUUCCAUCCUCGAUCGGUCCCCUCCUGUUUCUCCGCUUCGAAAGUGAGAGAAGAAAAGACCGAGGAGACCUGUGAGAACGAGUGAGUGCUUCUGCUUGUUCUUGUACUAGUUGUAUUAUACCCACUCCUAGGAGGCUGGCCUCGAACUUAGAGGUUGCCGUUCCUCGGUUCCUCGAUGUGCUGUUCUUUCUCCCUCGGAGAGUUAGUCACAAGCAACUUCGCUUCCGAGGCUAGAUAAAGAUCGUGUACACCAUUGAGGCCGUGUUGCUCAGAAGAGCUUGAAGUCUUGUCUUGCUUUAGUGUGACCUUCAUUUAAGAAAAUGUUUCUGGAUUGGAAUAAUUGAUUCUGGUUAAUGAGGCGUUGAACACGACCCAGAGUCGCUUUUCCCCUCAUCUACGUAGAGUCAUCAGCAUCAGCAGCAGCAGCAGCAUCAGCAUCAUUCCGGAGUGUCCAUCUCGUCCACACCAUCGUCAAAAUGGUGUACAUCUAUGUGUGCAAGAGGUUCAAGGUCACAAUGGAGAUGGGAGGGGGUAGAGACAGUGAAUGGGUAAACAACCUCUUGCAGUUCUACUGCAAACACAGCCGGAUCACGGCCAUUCUCGAGAGGGCUGAGAUCAACCCCAAGAAACGGACAACGGUGUGCUCCUACGACUCUUCUACCGAGUGCUACAAGAUUAAUAUUGUAUACAAAGACUCGAAGGGCUCCGAGCACGAGCUCAAGUGGGUCAUCAAAGUGACCCGAUCGGAUGUGAAUGAGGUGGCAGAUCAGCUUUUGAGGCACGAAAAGCAAGUGUUUUCCCGACUCAUCGGCGACCUCAUGAAUACGGUUAAACAGCGUUCGGCGGGAAGGUCAGAAGGGUCGAGAGUCUCGUUCCGAGACCUUCUCAUGACUCCUCAAUUUAUUUACGACGAGACCUCUCACCAAGCGGACAUAAUGCGCAACCUUUUGGUUCUGGACAAUCUAGAAGAAAAAGACUUCUUUUCCCACAAACCGGGACCGAUGAACCUGGGUCACAUGAAAGUCGUUGUUAAAACCAUUGCCAAAUUCCACGCAGUUUCCCUGACCUACAAGCAAGUGUUGUAUUCCUCGUUACUGAACCAAGAGGCCCAAUUGAAAGCCAAUCGAAAGAUUGAUGAGAUCAUCAUGGAGGGCGACAAUCGGAUCCUCACGGGAACCCAAGGUCUCUUCGCCCGGUUUCCCUUUCUCGCAAACCGCAAGAUCACCAUGGCGCACCUUCUGGACAAUCGGAAGACAUUCAUGGACAUGUUUGAAAAGUUCUUAUCGAUCCACGCCGAGGAAUCUCACCUACUGGAUAUUUUUGAAUACAUUCGAAUUAGUGCGGAUGACAUUUUGCUCUUGGAUGAGAACAAAGAUUUGGGCAUUGAAGACAAUGAUGCACUCAAGUCCAUUACGUUAGGAAUUUUGGAAUCCAGAAGCUUUCUCUUCCGCUACGAGGAUGAUGAGCACAAAGAGAAUGAGAAGAAAAAGAAGAGCUCAAAAUUGCAACGAAGCCAAAGUGAACGCAUUAAAGAUCGCAGUCGGAGCGAAGAUACACGCCACGUCAAAGCUCAUGCCCAUCAUAACCAUCCCCACGCCCACCAUGCCCACGCCAAGGAGAGUAAGAAGCCAAUCAAACAAAUACCUGGUGCCAACCACGCAAAGUGUCCUAAACUGGAGAAUAAAUCGGGACUCACAAGCCCAGGGGUCGUAUCCGGUGGGCUUGUGAGGAACAAGUUUUUACAAAAUGUGAUAGGUCGCUCCAAGGACGACGAAAAAGUCCCAUUGACGGGGAGGAAAUCCGGCCGGGUUCAAAAAGAUCGAGACCCGAAUCAAUCUCCCAAACGCUCGGCUCUAGUCAACGCCAAAUACGUCACGUACGGCCCCAUAACCCGUGACUUGGCCGUGGUCUUAUGGACGUGUCCAAUGGCCUUGGUGAGGCGAUACUACCUCAUCAAAAUGGUCGAAUGCUAUGCCGAAGCUCUCGGCAUCGCACUUGGUCAGUUGGGCAUUGAUUCAGAUUGCUUUGGCGUCAAAUACCAACAACUUCUGCUCAGUUUUCAAAACGAAAUGUUAUACGGAUUCCUGGUCAGUGUCCUCUUGGCCAUGGCCACCACUUCACCCGAGGACCUCGAGAAAGACCAAGGCUCAGACUCGUCCGAUUCCCAAUCCGAACUCCCGGAUUCCAGGUACUUGCCACUCACCCAAGAGAGAGUCAGGUUCAUGCUCGAUCUGAUGAAAGACAUUGGCUCUUACGUGGAAUCCAAGGACUUUGAACAAGGCCUACCCAUCACGAACUUUGCACGGUAUCACGAAUUGUGGAGCAUGGAGGACGACGACGAAGACGACGAAGAAUCAGAAGAGGACGAAGAGUCUGAGUAACUUACUUUGUUGACCAUUCAAAUACAAUGUGAUCAAGACGCUUUUUUAACCAUUUUCACGCCCGCAACUAAUGAUUCGAAUUGGGCAAUCAAAUUUAUUAUCCCAAGUUAUGAACAUGUCAUUAUAUCCGCAUAAACGUGAUCAAGAUGGUAAGAAGCUG